CAGCCAGCAUUGCCUUGCCGGCUCCAAGGCAAACAAAAGGAGCUGCCAGGGUUCCCAUGGCGGGGGCCAGCACCUUCAUACCGGGGCUGAACCCUCAGCACCCUCACUAUCUGCCAGGGUACUCUGGACACUGCCCGCUACUUCGGUUCACCAUGGGCCAGACCUAUGGGCAGGCGACGGGGAAGCUCCUCCAAGGCGCUCCGGGCCUAGCCUGGCCCCCUGCCCACCGCACUCUUCUGCCUCCCAUUCGGCCACCAAGCUUUCCCGAGGUUCCCAUGGACCACCUCCCUGUCAGGCGUGGCCACGAGAGGCUCAGCUCCAGCCUGGUGCCGGGGUACACAGGUUUCAUACCCCAGGCACAGUUCAUCUUUGCUAAGAACUGCAGCCAGGCCUGGGCCGAGGCUCUGAGCGAGUUCAACCAGAGGCACCGGGGUCAGGGGGCACAUGGGCAGCUGGAGGAGGACAAGAGAGAAAAGGACCCAGAAAAAGACCAAGAGCCAAAGCUGGAGGCGGAGACGGACCCAGAGCUGGGGCAGAAGGCAGAGCAAGCUUCACCUUAUUCCAUGGAUGAUAAAGAUCCUCAAAAGUUCUUCAUGUCCGGUGAGUUGGGGAUGGUGAUGACCAACAGGGUGGGGAGGGGCACUCUGACUCAUGGAUGUCCUCGGCACCCCCAGGUUUCACCGGUUAUGUGCCACGUGCACGCUUCCUCUUUGGCUCCGGCUUCCCAGUGCUCACCAACCUGGCGCUGCAAGAGUUUGGGCAGAUGCGCACGCAUGGAAGCAGCAAGGGUGCUGCACGCCCCCCGCUGCCCAGAAUCUACCCUCAAAGCCUGGGCCUUUUACCUCACUAUGGGGGCUACGUGCCAGGGUACAAGUUCCAGUUCGGCCGCACCUAUGGGCACUUCACCCAGAAUGCCCUGGGCCUCAGCACCGUGCAGAAGCAGCUCCUGACAUAAGCCCCCACAGCCCACUCCUCC